AAAAACAAUACGAAAUUCAAAAAAAAAAGAAAAAAAAGAAAACAAGCAAAUGAACACAUAAAAGUGUAAAGCAAGUGUAAUUCUACGUUUCGUUUUUUUAAAAAUUCAACAUUUUUGCAUGAAUAUGAAUUACCGACAGGAAUAUACACAUAAGCAUGUUAUACCAUUGAUAUCACAGUCUAACCUAUGGUUUCCAGAUAUUAGUAAACCACAGAGAACUUCCUUAGCAACAUUUAAUAAUAAUAAUAAUAAUCAUUAUUAUCAAGCAUACGAUUUCAAUAAAAAACCACAUAGUCAGUACUUCAAUUCUUCACUUGUAACUACCCGGCAACAAUCUAUUCGAUCCAAGUAUAAAUUACAUUUAUUCAAUAAUAUUUCAAAGAGAUCAAUAAUUCAAAUAAACAAUAAACAAACAAUUCAAUCAAUAAAAAUAAGAAAACAUUUAUACAAUAAUAAUAAUAAUACUGUUGAUUUAAAUGAAAAAUACACCAAUUAUCAAUUAUCAGUAAAUGGAAAUAAUAGAAGAGAUACAUUCAGUAGGAUUAACAUAAUUCAUUGUGAAAGUAUAAAUAAUAAUCAUGAUAGUGUGAAGAUUAAUAUUGUAUUAAUAUUUUCACAGGCUGAUAAACAAACUCAAUUAAUGAUUGAUGCAGCUCAACAAUUAAAACAUAAUUGUACAUUGAUCAAUACAAUUAAAGAGAAUACAACAAAAAAAGAUAUAGAUAAGAUUAUUAAUGAAAAACUUAUUGAUUUACAACAGAUUAUUGAUAUGGUUGUACUGGAUAUUCGUAAACUGAAGCCGAACCGGUCUUUCAGUAUGUCCGGUACCAAAUCGUCACAAUCCCCAGAAAUUAAUAUCAGUAAUAAUAACAUUAGUCCAUCAUUGAGCAACUGGUGCAACCAACUUAGAAGUUAUUCACUGACAAAAGAUUCAGUUAUUGUAGGAUUAUUGAGUCGGAAAUGCUCUUCUGAUCAAAGAAAAAUACUCAUGAAUAAAGCUCUAAAAUCUGGUUGUAAUAAGUGUAUUUUUGAAGCAACAACUGUAGAUGAUUUUUGUGAAGAAUUAAAAAAUUUUGCUAAUAAUGAAUGGAAAUUAUUAAAUCAAUUAAGAAAUUUCAUUUGUACUAACAAUAUUACUGCCAAUACAACAACAACAACAACAACUACUACUACUAGUAGUAGUAGUAGUGCUACCACUACUACUCCUACCACAAAUAAUAAUAAUAAUAAUACAGUAACAACAAAAGUAAUAAAUAUUGUUACUACCUCUAAUAACAAUGAAAACAUUGUAGAAUCUGAAAACAUUCAAUCAAAUACAGAAUUAAAUGAGAUUUUCCCAAAAGAUGAGUGUAGAUUUCAAAUGAAAUCAGAAACUAGACAGCCGACAAUUAAAGAGUCAAUAGAUAAUGAAAUAGCAUCGACGGAUGAACUGAAAGCCAAUGUUAUUGAUUCAGUCACUGUUCUACAUGAGCAAGGAAAGAAAUUUAGAGAAUUUAUCUCUGUACGAAAAACUAGAAACUCAGAUACAAACAAUAUUGUUAGUUUAAGUGCGUUAUUACAUUCUAGAUGUCCGGAUUUUUCAUCACCAAUGUGUAAAGUAAUUGGAAUUUUGAACUCUGCACGUAUUCGCAGUCCAUUACCAGUAGCAAAAGAUCUACAAAAGGCUAUUAAUUUAAUAUGUAGUUCAAAUGUAUUUGUUGAUCAAAUAAUGAAACCAUUAAGUCGAACAAAUGAUCCUAUCACAGCAGAUCUAAUUGAAGGUUUAAUUACUGGAUCAAAUCUAGCUAGAGAACCAGAGAACUUACUUAAACUUCGAUCUUUGGCUAAAUCUCUAAAAGGAUCCGAAAAUGUUACAACAACACUGUCAACUUUACAAAAUAGUCCAGAAAUUGAAACUUGCCUAUCAAAUUUUGAUAAAUGGGACUUCAACAUAUUUGAUCUUGAACGGUUAACUAAUAAAAAACCUCUCACUUAUUUAGGUAUGAAGAUAUUGGACAGUUUUAAUGCUCUUAGUGUACUACGUGUACCUAGCCAAAUUUUAGUCGGUUGGUUAACAGUAAUUGAAGAACAUUAUCAUGUGGAUAAUCCAUACCAUAAUGCUACACAUGCAGGUGAUGUUCUACAAGCAUCAGCUUACUUUUUACAACAUAAUUUAAUAAGAUCAAUUUGCACAAAUAUCGAUGAAGUUGCUACACUUUUAGCCGCAAUAGUACAUGAUGUAGACCACCCGGGGAAAACAAAUCCAUUUCUUGUGAAUAGUAAUGAUCCAUUAGCUAUUCUAUACAAUGAUAUUGCUGUAUUAGAAAGUCAUCAUGCAGCUGUUUCAUUUGAAUUAACCCUCCGAUCACCUGACAUCAAUAUUUUUCAGAAUUUGACACGUGAAGAAUAUCGUACAAUACGUAGCUAUAUUGUUGAUAUGGUUCUAUCUACUGAAAUGGUACGACAUUUUGAUAUUGUUACAAAAUUUGUGAACACAUUAAGUAAACCAAUGCUUGCAAAGAAUCGUCACCAUGAUCGUUCAUCUGUCGGUAGUAUGAGUUCUAUGGAAUCAUGUUCUAUGGGAAUGACAAUAUCACAUUCUACUUCACCAAGUCCUGGACAAGAACGUAUAUCUAGUACACUAGAAAACUUAUCAACUGCAGAAAAUAGAACAUUGAUUAAACGUUUAAUUAUUAAAUGUUCCGAUGUUAAUAACCCUACAAGACCAUUAUCUAUAUGUAAAGAAUGGGCAACAAGAAUAGCUGAAGAAUACUUUUGUCAAACAGAAGAAGAGAAACGACGCAAUUUGCCUAUUGUUAUGCCAAAUUUUGAUCGACAAACAUGUAAUAUUUCACAAUCACAGUUAUCAUUUAUUGAUUUCUUUUUAAAAGGAAUGUUUUCAGGAUUUGACUGUGUUUUUCCAAUACCUGAACUCAUGAGUAAUCUAGAAAGUAAUACAGCUUAUUGGGCUAAUAAUAUUGAAAAAGAGAAAAAAACACAUGUAACUUAUCAAUUAGAAACAAAAUCAAUAUCUGUUCACCAGGAUUAAACUUUAUUUUAUUUUAUUUUUGUUUUUGUUUUUGUUUGUUUUCGGUUUUAUAUUUAUUUUCAAAUACUUCACAUUUAUUUGUUCCCUUGUUACCAGGUUAGAAAUAAAUUAAUGUAACCAUAUAAAUAUACAUAUUAGGUCAUACACACAUACAUAGAUAUGCAUGUAUGCAUAUACAUCUAAUCUAUCUAUAUCUAUCCUACCCUAUCCUAUCCUUUCCUGUCCUAUCCUACCUUAUCCUAUCCUGUUCUACCCUAUCCUAUCUAUCCACACAUCUAUCCACCCAUCCAUCAAUCAAUCUAUCUAUCUAUCAUAUUGAUAUAGAAGAAAGAAUAAUCUAACAGAAUCAUAUCGAUUGUUCACUUAUCAACUAUUCAUAUUGUUGUAGUGAUUAUUUUUAAUUGAAUUCAAUUAGUCAAUUUCAAUUGAAUAUUCAUUAAUUAGUUAAUUCCUUAUAAACUAUACACAGUGCACUUGAAAACGAAGAAAAAAGUUUUUAAAAAAGAAAAAUAAUAAAAAGAAAAAAUAGACAAAACAGUCUAGAAUUUCUGUCGAAAAUUCUUUUUAGUAUUUUUUUUAAAAAAAUUGUUCAUUCUUUUUUUUCUUUUUUCUUUUUCCCUCUUUUUUCUUCUUUUUUUGGUUUUGUAUCAUAAACAAUUGUUCAAUUAUUAAAUUCUUUGAAAUCAUUCAAUAGAAUCAUCUUCUCAUUCUAGAUCCAUCUUUAUGAUAAUCAUAUUGAUAUUGUCACUUGUCAUUCUAUUCAUUUUUAAUGAUGUUUUUCUUUGUGUUUUCUCUUUUUUUUUUAAUAAGAUGCCAAAUUAUGUUGAUAGAGAAGUUUUUAGUUGUUGUACAAGUAUGCUCAUAAUUCUAUUACAUAAUGAUAUCAUUACUACUAUUAUUACUAUUACUACCACUGCCGCUACUACUACCAUUACUAUUACUACUACUACUACUAUUACUCUUAUAAGUAGUAGUAUUAUUCCUUAAAAAUAAUUUUGUUUAUUCAAAUAAACCAUUUUAACUCAUUUAUAUUAUUAAACAAUUCAAUAUUAUUCAAUGAAUAUUCUUCAUUAUUAAUCAUAGAGAUUAAUAUAAGUAGUAUUUUUUUUAAACUUGAUCAAUAUUUUAUUUCAUUUCAUUGUUUGUUUGUUUUCUACCAAAUAAAACAAUCAAAUUUUAAUUUAUUCUUUCUAUUCUAUAUUUCUAAUUGUCUACCUCGUGUAGAAUCAUGUUUAAUGGUGUUUAUGAUAUUGAUUUAUAACAUUUUUAUUGAUUCAUUACUUACUUACUUACUUAUUUAAGCCUAUUACUCUCAAUGGAGUAUAGGCUACCGACUAGCAUUCUCCAUAUAUAUACUUGGAUACAAAAUAAUGUUUAUAUAUAUGGAUAAGUUUAUGUUUCUAUGUCUAUUCUAUGUCUAAUUGUAUUCAUUUAUUCAUUGGUAACUAUGAUCAUCCUCAAAGAAUUGUUCUUCCAUAAUAGAAAUUUAUUAUUAUUAUUACUGUGUGAAUAGUAAUUAGUAUUGAGAUAUCUUCUCAACUUGUAUUGUACAGUGAUAAUGUAACUAUUUAUUGUCUUAUUCUAUUGUAUUUAUAUGUUGAUAAUUUUGAAACUUGAUAUACAUUAUCAUCACAUGUAAUUCAUCUAGAUCAUUGAAGAUAAGCUUAUGAUGAUGUAAUCGUUCUUAUUAUGUUGUUGAUGUAAUAAGACAAUUGUAAAUCAACAGUCUGCAAAUUGUUAUUAGAAAAUAUUAUGAAUCAAUAUAAAUAUUCUUGUCACUGUG